UCACCGUCUCUUCCAGCCAGGCUUGCGCUCCUCUCCAUCGGCGUCCGCCUCUUCAUCGCUCUGCUCGUCCUCCUCUUGCACGCGAGCCUUCUUCUUCUUCUUUGCUCCGCCCUGAGGCGCCGGUGCAGCCGACUUGGACUCCUUGAGGCGUGACGAUGAUGCCGCGCCGCGCGGGGGCACAGGCAGGCCACUUGCGCCGCUGCGGCUGGAGUCCGGGCUCGACAUGUGGCUGUCGCGGCGAGCCUCGCCGCCACGCGAGCUGGCGCCGCCUUCCUCGAAGGCAUUAUAGUCUGGACUCGUCAAGGGAUACGGCGAGGGGUGCGGCAGACUCAGCGACGAGCCGCCCAGGUGCUGCGAUGCGGCAGCCGCGGCAUGCUGCUGCGCCUGCGCGGCGGCCAGCAGCGCCGAACUGGGCGAGUGCAGCGGAGCAGGCGAGCGGUAGCUGCGCAUCACCGCAGACGCCGGGCCGCCGGGAGCGCUGGUGCGCAGCGACGAGGGCCCGGCCUCGUAGCGCGGCGAGAAGGUCGACACGGGCGGCGAGGCGGCGCUGCCGUGUCCCGGGCCCAUGCCGCCGGCGCUGUACGGCGCCGUGCGCUCUGCUGAGGAGUGCAUCGUCGUGGGCUCGAGCGACGGCUGCGCUGCAAAGAAGCCAAACGCGGCCGAGCUGUCGGAGGACAUGGCCGCAUCGCCGUUCUGGUAGACCAUGACUGCGUCACUGACGAGCCAGCUGCGCGAAGCUGUAGGCUCGGCGGCGCGAUCUUCGCACGGGAAGCGCAAGCCGGGCCGGGGGCGGAUGCGGUGGUGCGAGGUGGGGCGAUACGCACAGCGACAGGCUGGCAGGCGUAUCAGCGCUCAGCCGUGCGAUGGCGGCGGCGCAGCGAUGAGGCGAGCGGAAUGUGCACUGUCGCAGGCGGUGUGAUGGUCGCGAAGGUCGGCGGCCGGGUCAUGCCA